AUGAGCGGGAGGCGGGGCUGCCCGCCGUCACCGCCGCCGCCCGUCUACACCCCCGUCAGGACGCGUCUGUCCGUCGGCCGGGCGUCCACGGGCACGUUACAGCGGGACCCCCCGGAACACAACCACGUCCAGACUCCCACUGACGAGAGCAGUCCACUGCCGGCCGUCAUCAAACUCAGAAAGGUGCAGCCGUGCAGUAUAUCGAGCUCGCUGCCCAGCACGCCGGGCUCCGAACACAAGCGCUCGCUGCAGCGCACGUACGGCGUGGCGGGGGGCGGGCCGGGGGGCGGGGCCGAGCGGGCCGCGUCCCCGCCGCGCGUCACGCUUCACUCCAUCAUCACCGAGUACCUCUACAACCAGCACGCGCUCUGCAAGAACCCCGUCGUCACGUGCCCUCAGUUCAACCUGUUCGAGCCCCACAAGUGCCCGGAGCCGCGGUCGGGCGCCGUGGCGUCGUUCGUGUCGCGGGGGGCGGAGCCUCGCAACGUGGCCAUGCGCACGGUGCGGCGCGAGCUGGGCGCGACCUCCUCGGUGCGCGCGCACGCCGGCCUGGCGCACUCGCACUUCGCGGCCGCGCGCACGCUGCGCCUGCAAGACGACGACGCGUACUUCACACACAGUAUAUUCCACCCAACCCAGCAGCAACUCCUGUCGGCGACGUCAUCCGGUGACAUUAAGAUCUUCAACCUGUUCACUGGGACCGAGGAGAACUCCUACCAAGUCCACGCCUCCUAUAUCUAUCACAUGCAGGCCAGCAUGGACGGCUCGCUGCUGCUGGCUUCGUCGUCCAACUCCUGGAGAGCCACCUCCGCCUUGUGGGACAUGAAGGACUUUGAGCAGCUGUUCACAUUAGAGAGCGAGGAGUACAUAGAGUUCUCGAAGACGUCGUGCGACCGCAUCAUCGGCACCAAGGGCGAGACGGCGACCAUCUUCGACACGAGGAGCGGCCGUCAGCUGCUGAUCCUGGCGCCCACGAUCAGCAACCACUACGCCAAGAACCGCGCCACUUUCAACCCCACCGACGAACUGGUGCUCUCCGACGGCGUUCUGUGGGACGUGAACACGGGCAAACAGAUCCACAAAUUCGACAAACUGAACCAAACACACAGCGGCGUCUUCCAUCCCAACGGACUCGAGGUGAUAUCAAAUACGGAGGUCUGGGAUCUGAGGACAUUCCACCUGCUGAGGACGGUCCCAGCACUGGAUAAAUCAGAAGUGAUAUUUAACCCCACAUGCACAGCGCUGUAUGCGGUCUGCUCCGACCAGGACUCAGAGGAGAGGAACCAGUUCGAUACAAGCUUCAAGACAUUGGACCCCUACGACUAUUCAAGUAUAGCGACGAUAGACGUGAAACGGAACAUAUACUCGCUGAGCGUAUCCCGGUACGGCACCCAGAUAUCAGUGGUGGAGAACCUGGGCGACUUCGAUCAGGUGCAAGAGUCCUGCGUGAAGAUAUACGACGUGGGCAGGAAGCGGGACCACGAAGACGACGCGGAAGAAGACGAAGAGGAUGAUCUUGCCGGAGGAUCAGAGAACGAUGAUGGUUCAGAUUCGGGCUCCGAUAACGAUGAUGAUUUGGCGUCGAGUUUGCUGCGAGACGCCAUGAUGGACUUAGCUGAAGGUGACAGUACAGGCGAGUCGUCGAGAGAAGACAACGACGAGAGACCGGCGCGGCGCCGACGCAGGCGGAGGGGAGGUCGGGCGGCGCUCGGAGAACUACACAUCAGCGAUACGGAUGGAGAGGAUCUGGAUCUAGGAGACCUUCUGCACUUCGAGGUCGACUAACAUUAAAUGAUUUUUUUAA